GUCAGUUCUAUUAAUAGAUAUUAUUACACUAGAUUUCGUCAGCAAUACAAAUCAUUUUCUAAAUAAGGAUUUGUUUUCUGAUUGCUUGUGCAAGCGACAGGUAAUGUUGUGUAAUUGGGUAAUGUUGUCUAUUUAAGUAAGGUAAAACGAUGUUUAAAACGCAAAACAAUAAGAGGGGUUUCCAGUAGGUAAAUAUUGGCGGAGAUAAUAACUAUUAUAUAAGAAGAUAUAUCGAUAGUGCAAGGCGCACAUUAAGUCAAUACUUUUCUGCGUUCGUUUCGGAUUAAUAUAACGAGAGACCACCGGAAAACAUGGAUUCGCAACAUAACUUAUCAGAGAUGAUUGGGACCAGCGUCUUUCCAGAUUCGAAGAAAUCACAGUUCGUUUUGGUGACAACAUUUACUAAUCAGCACCUGUCAGCGCAAACCACCCCCCUAGGGCCGACACUGACAUUACAGACCGGUACAGACAAACUGCAUCAAGAAACGUUUCUUUUGAGAACUGAACGGGUAUUACUACACAACGCUGACGUCACUUCACUCCUGUUAGUUUCAUUAGAAAAGAAAAUUAAUCAAGUGACCUAUUACGUCACAGUCCAGGAGACGACCGAGGAAAUUAAACUUCAGCAAUUUCCAGAGCGACCCGAUCCAGCACACCCAGACGGAAGGUUGUUUAUCCUGGAGAUGGCAAACACGUAUUGCUUUCUACAGUCUUGGAAACGCAGAGGAUUGUACGUAAAGGACAACAAAUCAACAAUUACCAUACAAAAACGAGUUGAUCGGAAGCAAUUUCUAUUCGACUUCCUUCCGCUCCGUGUUGAGAAUGACUGCAUCAAAAACCCGGAAACGUAACAUGCUUUGUUGCAAUUUUGAUUUCAGUAUUAUCAUGAACAUAUUAAGAAGCGACCCGCUUUGGAAUGUUCAUACAGCAAACACUUUUUUGUAACCCGAUAAGGACUGGAUACAUCAGAUAAACGACAUCGAAGAAUGACGUAUUAUGUGAAGUGUAUCAUGCUAUGAUUUAUAAUUAUGCUAGAUAUUACAUCUUUAAUUAGGUGGCUUUGGAUACACAUUUCGAACUAAGGGUAUUUUGAACGACACCUCUACACAACCAACGAUGUUGAUUCUGUGAACUGAUACACGAUUUCAGUAUAGCAAUAAAUGUACAGGACAAAUUACUUUUUGAAAGAUCUGAAGCAGUAAAAUUAACUGUGUGACGAAACAGUAAAAUUAACUGUGUGACGAAACGGUAAAAUUAACUGUGUGACGAAACAGUACAAUUAACUGUGUGACGAAACAGUACAAUUAACUGACGAAACUGCAAUUAACUGUGACGAAACAGUGAAAUUAACUGUGUGACGAAACAGUGAAAUUAACUGUGUGACGAAACAGUAAACUUAACUGUGUGACGAAACAGUGAAAUUAACUGACGAAACAGUGAAAUUAACUGUGAUGAAACAGUAAAAUUAACUGUGUGACGAAACAGUAAAAUUAACUGUGACGAAACGGUGCAAUUAACUGACGAAACAGUAAAAUUAACUGUGUGACGAAACAGUGAAAUUAACUGUGACGAAACUGAAAUUAACUUUGACGAAACAGUAAAGUUAUCUGUGUGACGAAACAGUGAAAUUAACUGUGACGAAACUGAAAUUAAUUGUGUGACGAAACAGUGAAAUCAACUGUCACGAAACAGUAAAAUUAACUGUUUGACGAAACCGUGAAAUUAACUGACGAAACAGUAAAAUUAACUGUGACGAAAUAGUGAAAUUAGCUGUGACGAAACUGUGAAAUUAACUGUGUGACGAAACAGUAAAAUUAACUGUGUGACGAAACAGUAAAAUUAACUGUGUACCGAAACAGUAAAAUAUGUUGCUUGAUGGAGAGUAAUGAGUUCUCCGCUGCUCGAUCAAGUAGAAAUGGAAAGGAAAUGCAACUGGGAUUGUUUGGGAGAGAAGAUCGUCGAUAAAAAAUUAAAAUAUUAGACGCGGUUUGUGAAAUUGACAUGAUUCAGCGUCAUUGCAAUUCACAUCGUUGAAUGCUAUUAAGAAUCGAUUGUGUAGCAAAUGCAAUCAUAUUUAACAUUUGUUAUAUAACUCACAGUUUGUGCAUAAUAAAUAAAUUAUAACAUUCGCUGGAGUGCGAAGGAAAAUAUUUAAAAGAAAUAGCAAAAAUGAGAUUAUGUGCACAUAAAUUAAAUAUCGAAUCUGGUAGAUACAGGAACAUUAAUAGAGAGGAAAGAGUAUGUGCACUUUGCAACAGUAAUGAGAUAGAAGAUGAGUUUCAUUUUAUAUUGCAAUGUCCACAAUAUUACGACCUAAGAAAAAAGUAUAUAAAAAGUUAUUACUAUAUGCGGCCCAGUGUUUUUAAACGUUCACAACUUUUAACCACUGGAAAUAAUAAAGACCGUAACAAUCUUGGGAAAUACCUAAUAACGGCAAAUAUAAUAAAGAAUUCUUUAAUUAAUUAAUAGAAUAAAAAAAAUAGUGUAAUUUUAUAGUAAUUUAAUGAAUAGUGAAAUAUAAUUAUUGUUAUUUAUAAGUAUGUAUUGAUCAUUUAAAUAUUUUAA